AUGGAGCAGAAAGAAAGGCAGCUGUACAUAGAAAGGAUUAUAGUGGACAACUUCAAAAGCUAUAAGGGAGUGCACACAAUAGGCCCAUUUGGAAAAAGGUUCAACACUGUGGUGGGCCCGAACGGAUCAGGAAAAAGCAAUGUCAUUGAUGCGAUUCUGUUUGUGCUGGGGUUCAAGGCCAAGAAGCUGCGGCACUCACGGGCCGAGGACCUGAUACACUCUGGAGAGCCCAAGCCUAGCAAAGCCUCUGUCACCAUAGAAAUGGUGGACGAGCAGGGCGUUCCGCUGAGCAUCUCGCGCACUGUGGCAAAGGCCGGGAAAAGCACGUACUCUGUGAAUGGCGCAGUUUCUGCGCAGGAAAGCAUAACAGAGCUAAUGAAGGAGCACAACGUGGAUCUGGUGAACAACCGGUUUAUGAUACUCCAAGGGGAGAUAGAAAGCAUCUCCAAUAUGAAGCCAAAGGGCGCUGGGGAAACCGUGGGCCUUGUGGAGUACCUGGAGGAGAUCAUAGGCACAAAUGUGUACAUAGAGGCCAUAAAAAAGGCGGAGAACGACGCCAGGCUGUCGACCGAGGUGGCUGACAGGUACCGGGCAGAAUACCAGUUUGUGGAGAAGGAGGUGGCAUACUUAGAGCCCAAGGCGGAGGCAGCUAAGUCGAAAAUAGGGAGCCAUCUCGCGGCCAUGCGCAAGCGGCUGGAGAUAAUCGAGGAGGAAAGGAAAGAGGCUGCCGACGCAGAGGAGCAGGCGUCUGCUGAGAAGGCAGCUGCGGAAGGCGAGAUAAAGAGCGCGCGCACCAAGAAGGAGGAGAUGCUGAAGGGCCAGAAAGAGGCAGAGGCCGAGGAAGAAGGCGCGAAGGGGCAGUUCAGGGCGGCCGAGGGGGUGUACCUGCACGCAAAGGGCGCUUACGAGGCCAUUGACAUCCAGAACCAGCGCGCCCAGGAGAUGAAAAAGAUCUACGGGGCAAAGAUAGAGGCGCUGAGAUCUGAGAUAGAGACGAUGCAGGAGGCGCGCGCCAGGCAGAAGGCAAAAAGAAAGGAGAGCGAAGAAGAGCGGGUUGAAAACGAGCAAAAAAUAGCGCGGAGCCUGCAGGAAAGGGAAGAGCUGAGCGCGGAGGUUGCAAAGGCCGAGGAGAGAAUGCAGGGCGAGGAAAAGCUGCAGCUGGAGGCCGCGCAGAAAGAGCUGCUUGGCCACAUGAAGGCGUCUAAGGCCGUGAAAGACCUUCUGCGGGAAAAAAGAAAAGAGCGAGAAGUUGCUGAGGAGGCACUGGAGCGGAUAAAGAAAGAGGCAGAAGAGGCCCCCUUGGAAAUAGAAAGGGCAAAGGAGAAGGCGUGCGCAUACAGCCCAGAGAAGCACGAAAAGGCUCUGGCAAGGGUGGGCGAGCUUCUCAAGGUGAAGGAAGAAACGGUGAUAGAGCUUAGAAAGAGGGAGGCCCUGCUGAGCGACGUAAAAAACGAAAUGAAAACAUCGGACAUAACCGACAAGCUGACCAGCCACCUGCAGAGCAUAGAGGGGUACCACGGAAGAAUCAAAGAGCUCGGGUCAAUUCCAGACAAGUACACAAUGGCGCUCUCUGCUGUCGCAAAGGGGUCGGUGAACAACCUCGUAGUGGACACGACAAAAGUGGCGGAAGCGUGCCUGGACAUCAUAAAAGAGAAAAGGCUGGGCAGGCACACAAUCCUUGUGCUGGACAGGAUAGCAGGCGUAAAGCCGUCGACCGAGUGCAACCGGCUGCUCGACAAGGUAAAGUGCAAGGACGUUUACAAAAGAUGUUUCUACCACAUACUGGGCGACACUCUUGUGGUGAACAAUAUGGAGGCCGCAAUGAAGAGGGCGUUUUCUCCGGAUAGGCCAAAGGUGGUCACUCUUGACGGAAAGGUGAUUGACAGAAGCGGGCUAAUGAGCGGAGGCGCGGUGCGGCCCGUUGCACUCUCCGAGAAAAGGCCGAAAAAAGACGUUGGUAGAGAGCUCAAAGAGUGCCAGGAGGCGUGCAGAGAGGCGGAAGAGGGCCUGGCCACUGUAGAGGCGGCCUUGGAGAAGGCCAGAAACCGGCUGGAAAAAGAGGCUGCCCACAAGAGCAGCAAGGAGAAGCUCAGCCUGGAAAUAAAAAUCCUCACGGAAAGACUGAGAAAAAGCCAGGAGGAAAUGAAAAAAGUGCCCAGCCUCAGCAAAGCGCACGCAAAGGCAAAGAAGGAGGAGGCUGCCUUGGAAAAGGAAAUAGAAGGAUUUCGGGCGAAAGAGGCAGAAAUGGAGGAGAGAGUAAAGGCGCUGCAGGAACGGCUGGACGAGCUCGGAGGGGCCUCGUACAAGAUGACGAAGGCGCGCGUGGAGGGCCUGGACGAGCAGAUUUUCACGCUGCGCCAAAGAAACGGGCAGCUGCAGAAGGUCUUCAAAGAGCCGGUGGUGUGCCCGCUGGAGAAAGAACGCGCUUUGGAAGAGGCAGUCGAAAAGUGCAGCAGACUCUCUCUGGUUCCGGCGGAGAAGGAGAGAGCGUGCAUGGAGGAGGCAGAGAAGGAGCUGCGCGGAGUCAGAAUAAGAAUGGACAGCGCCGCCGAAAAGAGGCUGGCCCUGCAGAGAGAAAUAGACGUGCACAGGAUCAAGGAGGCCGAGGCAGGCGGCGCACUCGCAGCCGCUGAAGAGAAGUGCGGGCUUUCAAGAGCGAAAAAUGUCCAGCUGCAGAAAGAAAAAGAGUGUCUUGGCGUGCAGAAAGAGGCAAUACUGGGCCGGCUUGGAGAGCACAGAGAGGGCAUAUCUGCAGACAGCCACGUAAGAGACAUGAACCCCGACGAGGUAGAGAGCGAGAUGCAGGUGUACCUUGCCUACCAGGAGAAGAAGGCGCAGUGCGCCAGAGAGGAGGAGCGCCUGAGCGGCAGAGAGAAAGAGGAGAGAAGCGCAAAGAACUAUCUGGCCCAGCUGAAGGAGGAGCGCGGGAACAAGUUUACGUCCAGCAUACGGAAAAUCAACCAAGACCUGAAGAGAAUAUACAGCAUGCUUACUUUUGGAGGGGACGCGGAAAUAGAGCCGGUUGACUAUCUGGACCCGUUCUCGGAGGGGGUUGUGAUGAGCGUGAUGCCUCCCAGAAAGAGCUGGAAGAGCAUCUCGCACUUGAGCGGAGGAGAAAGAACGCUUGCCUCCCUGUCCCUGAUAUUUGCGCUGCACGAGUACCACCCAAACAGCUUCUACGUUAUGGACGAGAUAGAUGCAGCCCUGGACUACAAAAACGUGGGAAUUGUCGGGCAGUUUAUACAGGAGAAGUCAAAGAGCUGCCAGUUUUUGGUGAUCAGCCUGCGCGAAAACAUGUACGAGCUUGCAGAUGUGUUUAUAGGGGUGUAUAGGCCCGCAGAGACUACGCUGACGCUAGCAGUAAACACUGCUGCAGUGCGUGCUGAGGCGCCGCCAGCAACCGGCCUUUAA